CUGGCCUAUAUCUUUUCACAUUCACGAGGCAAGGCCGAUAGCUGUCAGCAUACAGUACAGUAAGAUCCCGAUAAUCAAUCACGAUUAGAUCAAGGAUCUUCCAUCACGUGCAUUCGCUCGAACUUGGGCUGAGCUUGAUGGUCUACCAGAGAUGGGCAAGGCGAGGAAGAAGAAAGUUCCCUUGACCGCCCGCUCGAGCUCUUCCGUGGCGAACUCCAGCUCUAGGCCUGAGUCAACCCGACAAGUCAUUCGACAAUACCAUGUCUUGCUCAAACAGAAAUCCCAGCUCGAAACAUCCUUGGUCAGCAAGUUCGACGCCCAAGCAACGCAGAAAUUGCAAGAUGUGACGCGACAGAUCGAUGAAUUGGGUGGUCUGGAGUCCUACCAGCGGAUGUCGGUCAUAGGCCAGGGGUCUGACAGAGGCGGUGGAAGCGAGAAAAUUCUCAUCGCAUGGCUCAAGGAGUCGAGGCGGGAUGCGAAAGAGAUGGUCCCAACAUUGCGACUGCUUGAGGUGGGGGCUUUGAAGCCAGAUAAUUACGCGUCGUGCGAGAGCUGGAUUAAGAACACGCCACUUGAUCUGAACUCCCGGCAUCCAGAUAUUCUCGAACAAGAUUUCCUACUCAUGGACGCAGACGAGCAUCGCGAGAAAUGGGAUGUCCUCAGUCUGAGUUUGGUACUGAAUUUUGUCUCAGACGCGAAAGAUAGAGGGCGAAUGCUCCGGUUGGCGUGGUCUUUCUUGGUAGAAGGGGGCUCAUUGUUCCUCGCUCUUCCUCUACCCUGCGUAGCAAACUCCCGAUAUGUCGAUUCGCAGUACUUGACUGGUCUCAUGGAGUGUAUCGGGUUUUCGCAACAACGCGAACGGUCGAGGGCAGGCGGGAAAAUGAUUUAUCUGUUGUAUCGCAAGCAGUCUCCCGUAGGCCAUACUGCUCCGUACGAGAAGAAAAGUAUAUUGCGCUCAGGCAACAGGAAUAACUUUUGUAUCCUUCUGUAAUUUGAUUCUAGUAAGGAUGGUAUUCGUGAACUUCGAGGAGACCACUCUA